UGCCGAUUUAUCAAGGGAGAGAGAAGAGGAGAGAGAGAGAGGGGAGGAGGAGGAGAUGGGGCGGAAGGCGAAGGUGGAGUUUGAUGAGAGGCCGCCGGACGGCUUCGAUCCGAGCAACCCGUACGGGGAUCCGGUGGCGAUGCUGGACUACAGGGAGCACCUGGUGAGGGAGAAGUGGAUCCAAAUCGAGACGGCCAAGAUCAUCCGCGAGCGCCUCCGCUGGUGCUACCGCAUCGAGGGCGUCAACCACCUCCAGAAGUGCCGCCACCUCGUCCAGGAGUACCUCGACGCCACUCGCGGCGUCGGAUGGGGCAAGGACGCCCGCCCACCCGAGCUCCAUGGUCCCAAGAAGGAGUCUGAUUAGUUCUGAUUGUGGGCCUCGAGGGAGCCGUCAGGUUUCUUUUGCUUUUAAGUGGAAUAAUCUUGCAUCGCUUGCCAUCUUGUCCUAUGACCCUGUUAUCAUCUUGCAUAGUAAGCACUCUUGUAUCAUUAUUAUUCUUAUCACUUAAUUUAUCUCUUGAGAUCUCAACUUAAUAGGCUUCUAAUGUCAGUCAGACUAUGAUUUCUAAUUUCUAUCCUCUGCCGCCGACAACUCACUUAUGAACUGUUAUCUUGUCCUAUGACCCUGUUAUCAUCUUGCAUGGUAAGCACUCUUGUAUCAUUAUUAUUCUUAUCACUUAAUUUAUCUCUUGAGAUCUCAACUUAAUAGGCUUCUAAUGUCAUUCAGACUAUGAUUUCUAAUUUCUAUACUCUGCCGCCAACAACUCACUUAUGAACUGUUUGUCAAGGCACAAGAUAAGUCCAGUAAAAUAAAAUGGUGAUGAUGGCAAUAGGUCUGUAUGAUUCAUAUAAACAUAAAUAUCAGCAGUCCUCUUUAGCUCUGAACAUGAUCAGCUUCUAAUGUGAGAUUUACUCAGUCCUGUAGCAUGAGCUGCUUACAACUUAAGUUUAACAGCACU